UGCGUCUGCACGUUGUUUCCCGCCAUCCGCGCUGCUCACGAGAGACAUCGCCUGACGACAAACCGACCAAGGAUCAUCCACACGUGAGGUCGCUAUCUCAAAACACUCGACACCAUGGCCGACACGGACUCGAAGGCGAAGGCAUGGCCCCUCGCAGACCCUGAGCUCAACAACGAAAUCCUCGACCUUGUAGAGCGCGCCUCGCAGUUCAAGCAGCUGAAGAAGGGAGCGAACGAAGCCACCAAGACUCUCAAUCGUGGUAUCGCUGAGCUCAUCAUUCUUACCGCGGACACCGAGCCAUUGGAGAUUCUUCUCCACCUCCCUCUGCUCUGUGAGGAGAAGAACGUGCCGUACAUCUUCGUCGAGUCCAAGGCUGCACUUGGCCGUGCCUGUGGUGUAACCCGGCCCGUCAUUGCUGCCAGCGUCACCACGAACGAGAACAAGGAACUUUCUAGCCAGAUCAACACCAUCAAGCUCAAGGUCGAGAGGCUCAUGGUCUGACAGGUCUGCCCUUUCCCCGCCUUCCGGUUUAUCGUUCUUCCGAGUCCUUUGCUGUCAGCAUCACGAACGCUCAUGUAAUGUACCACAUGGUUUCGUGCAGAAAGGAAACGUACGUCCCAGGGACACUUCGCGUGCAAAGCAUGAUAUCAUAUAGUGUAAGAAUAACACGAAAACAAUAAUACAACGCGAGAUGAC